GAAGACAUAUAGACUGUUACAUGCUCAGGGUUAAAGUAGUAUUUUCACAAUCCUCUGGGCUUUGCCACUCUUUCCCGCGCUCUUUCUUUCUCGCUCCUCUGCAACUCUUUCUUUCAUCGCUUGAUGAAGAUGAUGGAGAUGAAGAUGAUGGAGAUGAAUGUGUAUAUCCGCAUGAUUUUAUCGAUAGGAUUUUUAUCACUGUUAUUGACCUUUACAAUCACAAACCCUAGAGGUCGUCAUGAACAAGACAAUUUCUCUUUUCUUACCUCCACGCUUUCUUCUUCCUCUGUUUCCAUGGCUUCUCUUCAAGAUUCUUUGUCAGGUAACGGUAAGAGUAAAGAUCUUGAGUACGAUUUCUAUCGUGAUUCCUGCCCUGAUGCUCAGCAGAUUGUGCGUUCAAAAAUGGUGGAGGCUUACUCCCAUCACAAGGAUAUCUCUGCAGCUCUGCUUCGCCUCUUCUUCCACGACUGCUUCGUUCAUGGAUGUGAUGCUUCAGUCCUUUUGGAUGACAGUCACGGUAAUAGAAGGUAUUCAACCGAGAAGCAGGCUGUGCCUAACAAAAGCUUGAGAGGUUUUGACACUAUUGAUAUGAUAAAGGAGGAAAUAGAACGAGUUUGCCCAGGGAUAGUCUCUUGUGCGGAUAUAAUCUCUCUUGCCACUAGAGAUGGGAUAAUCCUUGCUGGUGGUCCCUUUUAUCCAGUUUUUACAGGUAGAAGAGACAGCAUUCGAUCUUAUUAUGAGGACGUGUUGAAUGAGAUUCCAAACCCUGAUGAUAAUAUUACUCGGAUACUUCAUCUCUUUUUACUCAAAGGGUUUAAUGAAAGAGAGACAGUUAGUCUUUUAGGAGGGCACAACAUUGGGAAGAUGAGCUGCGAGUUCAUUGAAAAUCGUCUCUACAACUUCAGAGGUACAGGGAAGCCAGACCCCACUAUAGCUGCUGAUUUCCUUAACAAGAUUAGACUAAAAUGUGAAGGAGAUAAUAACAGCCGAGUUAGAAAUGGACUAUUUGAAAGCAUGGACUCGGAAGCGACUAACCUUCAGGAAUUAGCAUCUUCACUGUCAUCUGGGGAAGGUUUUGACACACACUACUACCAGGGUUUACUGAUGGGACAAGGGCUACUCUUUGCUGACCAACAAUUGAUGGCCGAAGAGAAGACUGCUAGAUUGGUUAGAGCUUAUGCCUCAGAUGAUGGAUCUACCUUCAGAUUGGACUUUGCCGAAGCCAUGGUAAAGAUGUCAAACCUUGGCGUUCUUACUGGCUCUCAAGGUGAGUUCAUGGAAGUUAUGUGUGUCUCUCCUUUCUCAUAUUGGAUUGAUUACACAGGCAACACAGGGUUGCCCUGUAUUGUGGUUGUAAGAGCUGCAAGGAUGUAAUGAUGUUGCUGGUCUUUAUUCUUAGUUUGCUUAAAGAGUCAGCUCAUUUGCUAUAUUCCAUGGAUUCUGUAAUGUUGUGAAAUUUGAUAGCUUUAGAAAUUAUUCCACUUUAAUAAGCAAUUUUAAUGUUCAAAUAAGUACUUCUUAAAAUAUUUAUAUAUAGGAAAACUA